CUAGCGAAUUUAGCGAUCGACUCAUUUUCGCUAAAGUUUCAAGUCGCCGUUGAGACAUUAGUAAUGCACUGGUGAUCCGUGAGUAAAAUCGCUAAACCAGCUGACAAUGGGAAAACGCUAAUAGUCGCUAAAAUUACCCGUUCUACAGUAUUAGGGUUAUUGCCAUGGUGACAGCCCUGGGGUUAGGGUUAUCGUGUUGAUAGGGUUAGGGUUAUCGUCACCAGGAAUAUUAGGGUUAUCGCCAUGGUGAUUGCACUAGGGUUAGGGUUAUCGUCAUAGUGAUAGGGUUAGGGCUAUCGCCAUGGUGAUAGGGGUAGGGUUACCGGGAUUAUUAGGGUUAAUAUGGCCUGACUUUUAGGGUUAAACGCAAAUUUUAGGGUUAAAACGCAUUACGUCAUCGAUGACGUCAUAUGUAAAACGCUCCGGUUUUAGGUUAAAUCGCACAAAUUUACCGUAAAUCGGAAAAAAAUAGGGUUAAACGCCCUGGUUUUAGGGUUAACUCGCUAUGACGUCAUUGCUGACAUCAGUGAGUUGGUACGCCUCAAAAUCCUAGUCGACUCGCGCAUUUCGCGUCCAAAGUUUGUCGUCAGAGAACUCCUGUUGCUUCUUGCGCAACACAGAGAAGGCCUGGUGCUGCAAUCAACACCAAAAUGCGAUGGAGAAUUGUCACGGAGUACCAGCAACUCCUGGGCAAUCGUUCUCGAGUGCCUCCUGGAGGAUUGAAAUCGCCGUAGUCACUGUUUCCUUCGCAGAAUGUCAGUGAACUCAUCCAGAGACUGGUGCAGAAAGCACCAGCAUCGCGCCGUCCAGUUUGCUGAUCUCUCUCGCAAUCGUUCACGAUUAUAGCGGUUCACGAAACAAUAUUACAGAAUAAUCACCAUGCUGCGUGGAAGGAAGGUGCGUAAACGCUUCUGAAUGAUAUAAUUGCAAUCGAAUAGGAGGCAUGAUAGUGCAAUAGCAUGGUUGAGACUUUUGUACAAACAGGAUUUCUUCAGGGAAUGCAACGUUUCUUGCAGGGGAUGAAGGUUGAAGUGAGCUGAGAGAAAGUCACCAAUGUUUGUUUUCUUCAGAAAACUAAUCAGAUGUCUGUCGACGCCUAGGAGGCGCUGUCGAGAUUGAUAGCAUCUUUUUUCUGGCAUGCAUCAGGUCCAUGAUGUUCUAGAAAGGGCGUCGGUGCACCGUCUGCAUCCGUCUAUAAUACAGAGCCGACGAGUGUUCAUUGGUCGUAGGAGCCGGUAUAAAAAGACUCUACUUGCUUUCGUCAUGCAUCAUUAUGCUCAAUUUGUCAACAGGGUUGCGUCAUCCUGUCUGCCUCGUGCACGAACAUCUCGUCCGGACUUUCGGAGCUCGUGCACAAAUUUGGAGGUGCUAACUACGAUAAAGCCGUGUACUUCCACCCGAACGUGAAUAAAAUCGGACAAGAUGCGUGGAGAAUCGACAGCGCCGAUAUCAAAACCUAUCUCAAGCCCCUGGUAGGUGAAGAGACCAUCAUCUGGGCGGGCAUUUACAAAACUCCCAUGUGGUACCUUCAACCGACAGAUUUGAUUGCUUUCCACGCUUUCGUCGUCUUUCAAACGAGAAACUGGUGGUGGUCGGCGGAAAAAACAACCGACGGUGUCAGCAUAUGCAGAGGCAAGACUCGUUCAAGCGUGAGAUCUUCCUAUCGAAGCACCAAUCGAAAAACUCCGAUAGAGGAGAUUAUUGCUGACAAAUCACAUGUUAAUCUGCAGGAUCUGAUAGAUUUCCUCUACGACUCUAAUCUCGUCAAGGGUAUUUACAACGUUGUAACAAACAACUGUCAUACGUUUGCCUCCGCUCUGUUCAACGAACUUGCAGCUACCCACUACGUCAAUCAUAUCGCACUUCGGCAUGCCAAACCCAUCGACUCGGAGCAUGCAAUGGAAUGAGUACUCGACCCCCAUCCAGACCCACACAUUUAGCACAGAUAUGUUGAUUUUAAAAAUUUUAAUUACAUAUUGUUUAUAUCGAUCUGUGACUGUAUCAUGAUAAUUAUACUGUUGAUCGGUAAUUGGCCAUAGUGGGAAGUUAGCUUGACCAUAUAAUGGGUCAGAUGGCUAACGGCCGAAAGAUGGUGUUUAAACUGCUCCAUUGUCCGCCAUUGGUCGUCGCUGUAUGGGGGGGAAACAGAUUAAAACAUGUAUAAGAUCUCUGGUAUUUCAAAUAAAGAGAAUUGCACGACAGAUUACUUACCAAGAACACAGAAACAGAGGCUGGAGACCGGCCUCCAGCUUCCUCCUGUGGUUUUUAGACCUCAGGUGGUCGACGAACGGCUGGAGGCCGGUCGCGGUCUUUCCACAAGCCGAGCAAGAAAAAAGCAUCUUGAUGAUAGUUGAAUGGGACUGAUCAAGGUGGAUCCAAUCACUUUUAUCCCCGCCCAGUUGUUCGUUGGUUGAAGGGUGCGGCGCGCGCGCGCGCAGUUCAACAUUAAAACUCUGCGCGAUGAUCAUGGAGUCCGCCGCUCAGGAUGUGAAGCGGGUAAAGCGGUGACGUGAGUACUACAUCUCUUUGAAACGUGCACGAUUCAUAUGAAAACCGCUAAAGAUGAUGGCCAUGGACCCCGCGUCACGUUCAAACUUGUCGCCGGUUCUAGUUGAUUCCAGAAACUUCCACCUGAUCCGAGCACGCUGUGAGUACUCUGAGCGAGGAGUGGGAAACUAUCGACAUUUUGGUACUCUCCGGUUGAUGCAGACGGAGAAUUGAGAAUUGCACGACAGAUCACUUCCCAUGAGCAGAGAAAUUCGGACUGCAGACCGGCCUUCAGCUUUUCCUGACUUCAGGCGGUCCACGAACGGCUGGAGGCCGGUCGCGGUCUUCAUACAGACUGAGCAUGAAAACAGCAUCUUGAUGGUUGAUAGUUGAAUGGGACUGAUCAAGGUGGAUCCAAUCACUUUUAUCCCCGCCCAGUUGUUCGUUGGUUGAAGUCCGCCGCUCAGGAUGUGAAGCGGGUAAAGCGGUGACGUGACUACUACAUCUCUUUGAAACGUGUGCGAUUCAUAUGAAAACCGCUAAAGAUGAUGGCCAUGGACCCCGCGUCCCGUUCAAACUUGUCGCCGGUUCUAGUUGAUUCCAGAAACUUCCACCUGAUCCGAGCACACUGUGAGUACUCUGAGCAUCGCGAGGAGUGGGAAACUAUCGACAUUUUGGUACUCUCCGGUUGAUGCAGACAGUGUGUAACCUUUUGACCCGCGUACGUGAGACGCCCCGGUUUAGGGUAAAAUCGCUAUGAUGUCAUCGAUGACGUCAGUUAGCUGGUACACCCAUAAUACUUUCUACUUGUGUGUGUGUGUGUGUGUGUGAGUGUGUGUGUGUGCAUGUUGUGUGCAUGUUGUGUGCUCACACGCAGGGUGCAUGCGGCUCCAGCUGGGCGUUCAGCACAACCGGCUCCACCGAAGGCCAGCACUUCAAGAAGACUGGCAACCUUGUCUCGCUGUCCGAGCAGGACCUGAUUGACUGCAACCAAAAGGAGGCUGAUCGUGGCUGUGGCGGAGGUUUCAUGGACCAUGGCUUCAAGUACAUCAUCGAGAACCACGGCAUUGACACAGAGGAGAGCUACCCUUACACGGCCAAGGCCGGUACAUGCCGCUUCAAGGAGUCGCACGUCGGCGCCACCCUCACCAGCUACAAGGACAUGCUGCCGCGCAAGUCCGAGAGCGCCCUGCAGGAGGCUGUUGCCUCGGUUGGCCCAGUGUCGAUUGCCAUCGACGCCUCAUCGACGUAUUUCCGCUACUACAAGCACAUUGUCCUGAUCGACAGCAAGCGCACCAACGCUUACCCGAAUCACGCUGCCCUGGUUGUCGGCUACGGUGUUGAGGAAGAGCAGGACUACUGGCUGGUCAAGAACACUUGGGGUACCAGCUGGGGAGACAAGGGAUACAUCAGGACGGCACGUAACCAUGACAACAUGUGCGGGAUCGCCACGGACGCUAGCUAUCCGAUCGCCGGGACAACGCCGUCAAAGAAGAAGCGCUUGCACACGCCUUUGUCGUGUGAUGUUGUAACUUAUCUACCAUCAGUAUAGCUGAUUGCCACCGCCACAGCUGCUGCUGCUGCUGCUGCUUUUGUGGCGCAAUCUUCCUUACACUAUCAGCCCGGAUCAUCCAUUUGCGCUAUGAUCCAAGCUUGCAGCCUAUAUCAAUCUUAUCUUCUGAAAAUUGUGGUCAGGUUGCUGUCUGAUGAUCGGUUAAAACCGUGAAACUCAAAGUUACAGAGAGUUACAGAAGAAAUGCUUUUCAUCCCUCUCAAGUGUGUUUAUUUUAUAUAUAUAUACCCACUCCAACCAUCCACCAAACAUACUAAAGCAACUACCUGCCGCCAUCAGCAAGCGCGUCUCAAUGAACUCCUCGGAUGCCGAUGCCUUCAGCCAAGCAGCACCGAUGUAUAAUGCAGCCCUGUCCGCAAGUGGAUACACGGAAACGAUCCAAUACAUCGAACCGGAACAAGGCGAAGGAAGAAAGAAAAAGAGAAAAAGGAAACGCCACAUUACUUGGUUCAACCCACCAUUCAGCCGCAACGUGCACACCAAUGUGGCUGCGACCUUCCUGAAGCUGAUUGAUCGCCAUUUCAAGAACACCCCGCUCGCAAAACUGUUCAACCACAACAAUGUAAAAGUCAGCUAUUGCUGCAUGCCAAACGUCGCAGCCUCUAUCAGCAGUCACAACAUGCGCCUCCUAACCAAAGCUACACCUGAAAAGCCAUGUAGCUGCAGAAAAAAGAACGAAUGCCCACUGGAAGGCCGCUGCCUGGCAUCACACAUUAUAUACGAGGCACAUGUCACCAGCCAGGAUGAGCGAAGAUUGUACAUUGGCUGCGCAGACACGGAAUUCAAAGCCAGAUACAACAACCACACCACGUCGUUCCGACAUGAGAGAUACCGCACUAGCACUGAGCUGUCGAAACACCUCUGGGAGAAGAAACAAAACCACCAGGACUACCAGCUCAGAUGGCAGAUAAAGGAAAAGGCCAACUCCUACAGCACCGUCACAAAAAGAUGUAACCUGUGCACAGCUGAGAAAACAUGGAUUCUCCUUGGCGAUGAGACCAUGCUCAACAAGAGAAGCGAAGUCAUCGCAAAAUGCCGCCACGCUAACAAGUAUCGCCUAGCCAACUUCACCGGGGUCACAUAACAAGCGAGGAUAGCACGCUGCACUCCGGCCAACGGACGUGACAACCCACCUCACUUGUAACGGACACUUCCAUCAAAAUUGCGCGAAUACGAUUGUCACUGUACACAAAGCCCACACUCACAAGCUUGCCACUUGAAAAGCAUACUGACAACUGCGCUGCUUUCUAACACUUGUCUUUCUAACUAAGUUACUUUGCGCCUGACACUUUG